AUGUCCACAAAUCCGGGUCUGAAGGUCUUGUCUAACGCCCUUGCCACCCCGGAUCAAGUGUCAAAUUCCUCGUCUGCCAUCGAUGGAGUUCCAUCUGAGCUUGAAACCUCCAUCCGCUGUGCUGGAGCUCAACUGACUCAGGCCGCGGGUGUUCUUCUACAUUUGUCGCAAGAUAUCAUAGCUCAAGCCAUCGUCAUUUUCACCCGCUUCUGGCUCGGCGCUGACGGAGGAAGUUUACGGAUCUACUCAGCCAAAGAUGCUUCGGCUGCCGCUCUCUAUCUCACAGCAAAGCUCUCGUUCCAGCCCUUGUCUCCCCGCUCGGUAUUGAAUGUCUACACCUUUUUACUUUCUCGGGAUGCCUCACCGCUGUGGUUUGUGAAUCCAAGAGGCGCUCCCGCACAGCCUCCCUCUGUGACGUCCUACCUUCUCUCCGAGGGUGGAUACCAGUCCGCAAGGCUUGUUCUUCUGCGCGUCGAAUCCGUAAUUCUCCGCAUUCUUGGGUUUGAUACACACGUCGCUCUCCCGCAUACUAUCGCGCUGACGUACCUCCAAACUCUCGGUGUUGCCAAACCAAGUGUCGCCCGUCGAGUUGUUCAGCAUCUGAAUGCAGCCCUUCUAUCACCCCAGUUACUCUACGUCACACACCAGCCCAACGCAUUAGCCGUUGCGGCUAUUUAUCUCGCUGCGCGGGAAGAGGGGGUUAAAUUGGUAGAUGGUGAGUGGUGGGAGGUGUUUGACGUUGACCGAGAGGAACUUGGGUUUCUAGUCGUGGCGAUGAGAAGUACCGAGGGCUUCAUGCGAGCAGAGAUGGAGUGGUGGCAAAACAAAACUAUCCCUCUGGUGGUAGACGAGGUGGACACUGAGAUAAACCGCCGACGAAUGACGGAGAAAAGCGAGUGA